GACGUUCUUGAUUCAUCAUUCCACAACCACAUGAGCAGCAUGGAUAUAUAAGCUGGAGCACACCUGCUCCACAAUAACGACUACAGACCUCCGCCAACUGACCUCAGCCUAUUACCAAAGUCCAGGUGUCCUUCCUUAAACGGUGGUUGAUAGGCUACUUUACUGACCAGCGUCCCUCCGUCCUCUCUAGUGCCUUGAGCGAGUCCACAGCAUGCUGCCCGGGAGAGCGGCUGAUGUCCGGCACUGCGUCCUGACGAGCCGCUGUCUGCCUGCAGCUCUGGCGCUCCUCCUCCUCCUCUCCUCCAGCACAGCUCACAGCACCACGGUGGAGCACGACUUCCACAUUGUUCACAAUGUCGACAACAGAAGUCCAGAGAUAGACCCAUUCUGGUACGUGGGGCGUGGGGUGAGACCUAUCGGGCGCUUUGGGAAGAGGGACAGCAGCGUGGAGGCUCUGGGCAGCGGAGGGAUGCAGCCUGUCCUCAGGACGUUAGGGCUGCUGCUCAGCAGCCUCAGAAACAAGGAGAACAUGGGGGAAAUGCUGGAUGGGGAAGACAGGGAUUGGUUACCGUGACAGCAAGUCCUCCUCCUUUCAUCUGCAAACUUAGUGUCUUGUUUUUUUUUUUCUUGUUUUUUUUUUUUUAAUCUUGAUUGAAGUUAUAUACUCUUUUGCUCCAGCUCUUAACUGUAUUUCUCUCUGGUGUCUGCUAUGAGGCCUUGGUUGAUAGGAUCCUUGAUAUCUGUACAGAAAAAUGCAUUCUAUAUUGAUUAAUAAACCAGAAUGUUGUGAUUA